AUGGAUGAGAAAAAUUUCACCCAAGUGAAAGAGUUCAUACUUCUAGGGUUCACGGCAGACUUGUGGUUGCAGAGAGUCCUCUUUUUCAUCUUCCUCAUGAUUUACAUCUUCAGUCUCUUAGGAAACAUCACCCUGAUCUCUCUGAUCUGUGCUGAUUCUCGGCUCCACACACCCAUGUAUUUCUUCAUUGGAAACCUGUCAUUUCUGGAUCUCUGGUAUUCCUCUGUCUAUGCUCCCAAAAUCCUCAUGACCUGCAUCUCUGAUGACAAAAGCAUCUCCUUUGCUGGCUGCCUGGCCCAGUUCUUCUUCUCAGCUGGGCUGGCCUACAGUGAGUGCUACCUGCUGGCCGCCAUGGCUUAUGACCGCUAUGUGGCCAUCUCCAACCCCCUGCUUUACUCCCAGGCCAUGUCCUUCAGGUUAUGUAGCAGUCUUGUUGCAGCAUCAUACCUUGGUGGCUUUAUUAACUCAACCAUCAUUACCAGUGAGACAUUUACUCUGAGUUUCUGUGGGAACAAUGUCAUUGAUGAUUUCUUCUGUGAUCUGCCCCCACUUGUGAAGCUGGCCUGUGAUGUGAAGGAGAGCUACCAGUCUGUGCUCUAUUUCAUACUUGCCUCCAAUGUCAUUACUCCCACUGUGCUCAUUCUCGCCUCCUACCUCUUCAUCAUUGCUGCCAUCUUGAAGAUACGCUCUGCCCAAGGCCGUCUCAAGGCCUUCUCCACCUGUGGCUCUCACCUGACAGCUGUCACCUUGUACUAUGGCUCGAUUCUUUUCAUUUAUUCUCGGCCAAGUACUAGCUAUGCCCUGGAGAGGGAUAAAGUGGUGUCAGUGUUCUAUACUGUGGUGAUACCCAUGCUGAAUCCUUUAAUAUAUAGCUUAAGAAAUAAAGAUGUUAAGGAUGCCCUGAAGAAGAUGGUAGAUAGAGCAAAGUUUUCUUAA